CAGCUGUAACCCAAACUCUAAAAAAUCUACAUCCGUCCUUGCGAAAGUCAAUUUUGCUGGCUGUUAUUUCUUUAUUUAUUUUUUAAUGAUGAAACAACAGCUUAUACAGGCCUACUCAAAAGGCUUCCAUUCCAUAUGGUAGUGGUAGAGUUUAUGGUUUGUGGAAGGAAGAUCAGCUGCAAGGUGAAGAAGUGAAUAUCCUUAACAGAGUUAACUCUACAUGGCCACAAUUCCAAUUUUUGACGGUACCGACUACGAGUGUUGGGCUGUGAAGAUGCAAACUCUGCUUUUAUCUAAGGGUUUGUGGGAUACGGUACAGAAUGGGUACGAUCCGGCCAACAAGGAGGAGCGACAGAAUGAUGCUAAAGCUCUUUAUCUCCUCCAGCAAGGCGUCUCAGAACGGAUCUUUCCAAGAAUCAAGGUUGCUACAAAUGCCAAUCAAGCUUGGCGCAACAUCCUGGUUACUACUGAGAAUUUAAUGACACGCAUAGACCUGAAGCAAGCAGGGGCAACCCAAUUGAUAGUGGCUACACUUGUAGCAACUGUGGCCUUUAUUGCUGGUUUCACGAUGCCCGGUGGAUACAAUGGCAACGAUGGCCCAAACCAAGGCAUGGCGAUUCUAAGAAGAGAAGCAGCUUUCAAAGCUUUUAAGGUAACAAAUACCAUAGCCAUGUCAUUAUCCACUUCAGCAGUGCUUAUCCACUUGAAUGGGGCUAUGACUAACAAUCUGGAUAAGCUAGAGAGGAAAGUUUAUAGAGCUGCUAAUCUUAUUAGUUACGCUGCGGUUGCAAUUGUGUUGGCAUUCGUUUCGGGGACAUAUGCUGUCUUAGCACAUUCAUCUGGCCUUGCUAUUUCAGUUUGUGUUAUCGGCUGCUUUCCCCUACCAUUUUUCUUGAUUACCGACAUCAGGGACAGUGCUACUUUUCGAUUCAUAAAGGGCAUAUUUACUACACGUCAAAAUGGGUACAUUUUCAAAAACACCAUUUAUUAUAAUAAUAUUAUUUAUAAUUAUUUACAUAUUAUUGGCACUUGCUCCUAAAUUUUUCUUCUUUUA